UCUUUGCAAACAGUCUCCUUUGCUUGUCGUAUACAGAUUUCUCUCGGGUAGAACUUUCUUGAAAAUACUCAGGAAAUUUGGAAGAAAAGUGGUGGUGGUGGUGGUCUGUUAUCAAUUCUUCUGUUGGGUGGAAGAUUAGUGGGUAAAUGCAUGGAUGGAAGGGAAGGAAUGACGUCGUUUUACCUGAAUAGAGGGGGGGUUAGUGGGUCUGGUAACCAAACUGGCGGGCUACAUGUCUCUCCACCUGGUUUCAAGACUCAAUCGAACCCAAACAUGCCUCAUGGUCACACCAAUAUCAGAAUGCCCUCUUCUAUGGCUUCAUCAUUCCAAGUGGAACACAACUCAUCCCCAAGUUUGCCUCAUGGCAUUAACAUGGCCGCCGGUGGCGGCGGCGGUGGUGGUGUAGUCUCCAUUACUACUCCAGGAAGUGGGAAUGCUUCUGUUGUAAAGAAAAAGAGAGGGAGGCCUAGGAAAUAUGCACGAGAUGAGUCUGAUAUGGAGCUGGGGCUAACACCGGCUUCAUUAUCGGCUUCUCUUGGCUCGAUCACUCCAACGAUGAGAAAGAACAGAGGGAGGCCUCCAGGCAGUGGAUGGAAGCAAAGACUUGCGAAUGUUGGUGAAUGGAUGAAUAAUUCAGCGGGAUUGGCUUUUACACCUCACAUCAUCCAUGUAUCCACUGGAGAAGAUGUUGCUGAAAAGAUAUUGUCCUUCGCGCAACAAAGGCCGAGGGCCCUUUGCAUCUUGUCGGCCAAUGGAGCCGUUUGUGCAGUGGCACUUCGUCAGUUUACAUCUUCUGGCGGCGCUGUUACAUAUGAGGGCCAUUUUGAUAUAUUACACUUAUCGGGUUCGUAUCUACUUUCGGAAAAUGGUGGUCCUCAGAAACGGACUGGGGGUCUCAGUAUCUCGGUCUGUAGUGGUGAUGGUAAUGUCAUUGGAGGCGCAAUUGGCGGUAGGCUCAUUGCAUCCAGCUUGGUGCAGGUGGUGGUAUGUAGUUUCGUGUAUGGUGGUAAUAACGUCAAGGCGAAGACGAAAACAGAUGGACCUUCAACAGAUGACGGUAUUGAGCUCAACGAGACUAGUCCUACGGCUAGCCAACACCAAACUCAAAGUCCUGUAGCGAUUGGUUGGCAACCAGAUUCACGAGCCAGCCUGAGAAACUCCCGUACUGAGAUUGACCUUACCCGUGGAUGAUUCAUCAGGUCAGCGUUUCUGUAUAGGUAUGUUGUACAUGAAUCCUGCAGGAAUUGAAAAACCUACAAGAGAGAUUAUGCCCUCUGCUUAUUUGUAGAUUAUAGUCGGGUUGUGCUAACAUAUCUGUAACUAAGAAAUCGACCAUAUUUUAUGGUAUUUAGGAGAUUAUUAGUCUUUAAAUGUUCCAUUGUGAUUUCUCUAAAAACCCAGGUUUUCUCUGCUAAAAUUUGAUGGUAAAUUCUCUUCUUG